UUUAUUAACCAGAAGGUGGAGAGCAAGUGAGAGAACGAGCUAGAGAGAGAGAGAAAUGGCGUCGGCGCUGAGAGGAGCCAUCCUUCGUCACAUUCGAGUUCCAAUAGCUGAAACUCAAACCCUAAAUGGGUCAAAGUUGAGCCUUUGUAGCUUCAAUCGGUCGAUGUCCUCCCAUGGCGAUGAUCAUCUGACCAAGGAUCAAGUAACCCAAAGAGUUCUAGACGUCGUCAAGAGUUUCCCCAAACUCGAUCCUUCUCAGGUAACACCUGAUGUUCAUUUCCAGAAGGAUCUAGGUUUAGACAGCCUGGACACAGUGGAAAUUGUAAUGGCUCUUGAAGAGGAGUUCAAGCUAGAGAUUCCAGAUAAAGAAGCUGAUAAGAUUGAUUCCUGCACUCUUGCAAUUGAGUAUAUCUAUAACCAUCCAAUGUCUAGUUAAAGUUAAAAAGUCUACAAUUUCCCAUCCUUCAAUUGUCGUCCAUAACAUGGCGAAUCAAAACGAUGUUUGUCCUGCCAUUUUCUGUUCACAUUUUUCUACUGCUCAUAGUCUUUUGACUGGAGAAUAAGUAGUUUGUUAAAACAUUAACUGCUUUUGAUCAGCAUGUUUUAUGAAACAAUUUGAUUUGAUUGU